CCUUUCACAAAACCAAUUUUCCCGACGCGACCGCUCUUUACCACUAAGUAUAGGUUCCAGUUCCUCAAUGAAAACACGAAUUGUUCUCGCCUGACAGGGCAGUUGCCUGCAUUACCUGAUGCGUUUGAUUUUGCAGCUUGUCCUUGAGAAUAAAUCUAGGCCGUCGGGAGGCAGGAGAUAUACCAGAAUGAUAUAUAAUGAACAAAUGACAUGACAUCUGUUUGUGUGUCUCUAUACAAUUCAAGGGACCGUUAGCAACACGCUUUAGCAAGUUAACACUCACUGAGUACAUGACAGUUUGACGAUAUUUAUCGGCAAACCUAAAACCAGCUUUACCACCGAAACCACAUCUAACACAAAACCGCGAGCACCAUUUCCGGGCUCGUGACAUCGGCUAUAGUGGAGCGGGACGUCGGUGUGAGGGGAACGGGUAGCGGAGCGGUGUCGGUUUCCAUACCUGCGCUGGUGGACGGCAGCAUGGCUGCGGGAAAAGGAGCCGGGAGGCCCGCCUCACUGUGGGACAAUAUGAGAGUACGAUUUGCCGUUUGUUUCCUCGGAGUCUUCGUGUGUUACUUUUACUACGGAAUAUUACAAGAGACAAUCACGCGGGGUGAUUAUGGCCAGGGAGACAAAAAGGAGAAGUUCAGAUUCGCUCGCACGCUGGUCUGCAUCCAGUGCAUUAUCAGUGCUCUGUUUGCUAAGAUCUUGAUUCAGUUUUUUGAGGGCUCCAAGCCGGAUCACACCAAGAGCUGGCUCUACGGCCUGUGUUCCCUCUCUUAUCUCGGAGCCAUGGUGUCCAGUAACUCUGCCCUUCAGUAUGUCAACUACCCCACACAGGUGUUGGGGAAGUCCUGCAAGCCCAUACCAGUGAUGAUCCUCGGUGUGACGUUACUGAGAAAGAAGUACCCACUGGCGAAGUACCUGUGUGUGCUGCUUAUCGUGGGAGGGGUAGCUCUGUUCCUCUACAAACCCAACAAGAGCUCAGCCGUAGCAGAAGACCAUGUUUUUGGGUUUGGGGAGAUCCUUCUGCUGGUCUCUCUGACUUUGGACGGUUUGACUGGUGUGGCCCAGGACCACAUGAGGGCUCGCUUCCAGACGAGUGCCAACUACAUGAUGCUGAACAUCAACAUGUGGUCCAUGCUGGUGCUGGGACUAACUGUAUUGUGGACAGGCGAGUUGUGGGAGUUCCUUAGCUUUACUGAACGCCACCCGAGUAUCAUCUACAAUAUUCUCCUGUUUGGACUGACCAGUGCUUUAGGCCAGACCUUCAUCUUUAUGACGGUGGUGUACUUUGGCCCUUUGACCUGCUCGAUUGUCACCACCACGAGGAAAUUCUUCACCAUCCUCGGCUCCGUAAUUCUGUUUGGCAAUGUCAUGAGUACGAUGCAGUGGGUUGGCACCGUCCUGGUGUUCCUCGGUCUUGGACUUGAUGCUAAAUUUGGCAAAGUCCCCAAGAAGACAACAAACUAAAACAUCUGGAGCAAAUGAGGGAAAGGCAGAAGCAUCGCACAUCAAAUGGAAACAUUUUUAAAAGACAUCCUGUACAGGCAUACUGUAUGUGCCUAUGAUUUGUUUAAGUACGGCUCAGAUUUUCUGUGUUUAAAAGAGAGUUCUUGUAGUUUUCAACUCCAGCUUCCGUUGUGUACUGUUGAUAUACUGAUGAGAGACAUUUUUACUUGGAAUCAAGACCUGAAUGAACUGUGAUGGGCUGUUAACAUCUUUAUCCGACCACAAGAUCUCACCCUCUUGCGGGGGAGUUUGGACUGGCUGAAAGACGCUGGUGGAAGACACGGCAUUUAGACAAAUUCCCUCGGAUGGAUAUCGAAUCAAAGAAGGUCUCAGACAUACUUUUCCAUCAUUUUACUCAUGAACUUACCACCUGUUAUGGCUUGGUUCACAAACUGUUGCUUCAGUAUGUUGUAAUUAUCACACAUGUAGUUUAUUUCUUGGCAAACGGUUAGGCAAGUAUCAUGUCAUUUAUAAAGUAUAUAAAUGGUUAUAUGUACCCUGUUGAGUGAUGUCCAACUUUAAUAUUGAAUUGUUUUUACUUUUAUUUUCUACAUGCUGAAAUUAACUUGCCAUAAAAGGAAAUUGUAAUAUGUCA